UGCAUAUAUUGAGAGGCCAAAAACAUAGGAAAUUAUGUGGGCACACAAUCAAAGACUUAAGAAAAAAUCAGUAAAAGGACGUGGCAUAUAUAUGUUUCAUUUGACUUCUCCAACGUGUCUCUCACACUCAAACAACCUUUCUCUGAUUUUUCUUCAAACCAAUCUCUUCCACAGAAUUUUGUUUUCUUCAUUCUAUUUAGGCUACUGCUCACAUUAAUUUAGAAACUCAAAAUAACGAUUUUCGGGCGUUGCUGGGUUGGUUAUGAGAUUUACUACGUGCUUGUUCUACUAGCUACUUCAUUAUUUAUUUUGCAGCAUGAAGAAAGUUUGUUGGCCUUAUUUUGAUCCUGAAUUUGAUAAGCUCCCAGAGAGGAUAAAUGGUCCCACCUGUAGAGUUUGCAUCGACAACGAGAGCCUCGAAGAUUGCACAGUAGUCAAGGUUGACAGCGUGAACAAGCAGGGACUUCUCUUGGAAGUAGUGCAAAUAUUAACAGACACGAACCUCACUAUUUGCAAGAGCUACAUUUCUUCUGAUGCUGGAUGGUUCAUGGAUGUAUUUCAUGUUAAAGAUGAGCGUGGCAACAAGCUUAAAGACCAGAACGUCAUUAACUAUAUCCAGCAGGCCAUAGGAACAACCAGAGGGCCCCGCAACUCAGCAAAGGCGAAAGCAUAUGCCAGUAAAGUUUUCAAAUAUGAAAACACUAGCGAACAUACCGCCAUUGAAAUGGCCGGAACAGACAGGCCCGGUCUAUUCUCAGAGAUUUCCGCAGCCCUUGCCGACCUCCAUUGCGACAUCGUCGAAGCUCAUGCAUGGAGCCACAACACCCAUCUCGCUUGUGUCGCUUACAUCUCCGAUCAAUCCACACACACCCCUAUCCAAGACCCCAACCGCCUCGCCUCCAUCGAAGACCACCUCACCACCGUCCUCCGAGCGACCACCACCGCCAGCCGCGGCCCAACUGGCUCCUUGGCCAACCAAGGCAAAGAGGCCAAAACCAAAGGCCUUCUCAGAGGAGAUCAAGGCACCAUGACCAAUGUCGAAAGGAGGUUGCAUCAGCUCAUGCUUUCCGUCCGGGACUUCGAUGGACCGUCGUCGUCGUCGUCGUCAUCAUCGUCAUCAUCGUCAUCAUCCUUGCCGUCGACUUCUCCGAGGACGCCAUUGGGAUUGGAAAGCCAAGAGGAAGGAAGGAAGACUAUGGUGUGGAUAGAGAGCUGUGAAGAGAAGGGUUAUUCCAUGGUGAGUAUAGAAUGUAAGGAUCGGCGGAGGCUCAUGUUCGAUACUGUUUGCACUCUCACUGACAUGCAGUAUGUCAUCUUCCAUGCUUCCAUAUCCUCCCAUGAUGACUAUGCUUUCCAGGAAUAUUUCAUACGGCAUGUAGACGGGCAUGCCUUGAACACAGAGAGCGAGAAGGAAAGAGUUAUAAAGUGCUUAGAGGCAGCCAUUGAACGUCGAGUUUGCGAGGGAAUUCGAGUUGAAUUCAGUGCAGAGAACAGGGUAGGUUUGCUUUCGGACAUAACAAGGGUUCUGAGAGAGAACGGUUUGGCGGUGGUUCGAGCCGACGUGGCAACUCAGGGAGAGAAAGUAGUAAAUGCAUUCUACGUGAGGGACAUUUCUGGGAAUGAAGUGGACAUGGAAAUCGUAGAGUCUUCGAUGAAGAAAGAAAUGGGUCCCAAUAUUCCGAUCGUCUUUCAUGUGAAGAAUGACAGCCAUGGAUCCAGCUCGCCUGAGAGGUCCCGUUUCUCUCUCGGAGACAUGCUCAAAUCUCAGAUUGAACGAAUCUCUCACAACUUUGUUACAAUGGUACUCAUGAUGUAGAUAUACGUUUAUAUAUGCAUGUUAAUUAAUUAUGUAUGCGUAUGUACCAUCCUUAAUGUUAGGCCAUUAUAUAUUCCAGGGAACGGGAUUAUAAAUUUAAUAGGAAGCCAGAAAAAAAAUGAAAAAAAUGAAAAAAAGAAAGAAAAAUAACAAAAGGGUUGUAUAUAUAUGAAUAUAUAUAGAUAUAUAACCAGUACCUGUAGUUUUCUCUAUAGGGUUGUAAAUAAACAAAUUAAGGUUUCAAGAAUGUAUAAUAUAUGACUUGGGCCUAUUCCAGUUCUAUGCACAUUAGAUUGAUCCAUGUUAUA